AGUAAAGUUAGCUGUUCCCUGUGUUGUGUUGAUUUUCUAGAGAGAGAGAGAGAGAGAGAAGCAAAAAAGAAGACUUGACGUUUGGAAUAACCCUACACUGCCUUCCCUGUCUUAUUGUGUCCGUUUCACUCCUUAACUCAAACCUCGAAGGAACAAGUGGCAACCCCUGAGUCAGUCAAUGGGAAAAAUCUAACAAUGUUUAGCUUUGAGGGAGAUUUCAAGACAAGACCCAAGGUAUCACUUGGAGGAGCAAGUAAAAAGGAGGAGAAAGCUUCUCUGCUGCACCGCACUCAAGAAGAAAGACGGAAAAGAGAGGAUGAAAGGAAACGACUGAAGAAUUCAAUUAUCAUUCAGUCCUACAUACGUGGGUACCAGGACUUGAAACGACAGUAUGCUAUCCAGAGGGCCAGGUUUGACGAGCGUGUCAGCCAGACGCUGACAGGAGGAGCUCAGCAUGCCUUGGAUGGUCCAGCUCUCUGCCUUUUAUCAAGACAGCUCAUAUUUUUCUACAGACAGAGUGUGGAUGCACACAGAUUGAUAUGGUUGUGCCAGAACCUGGUGAAACUCAACAGUCAGUUUGUGAAGCUGUUGGUGGGCCCACAGAGACAAACAUGUAUGUUUCAGAUCAAGAGGAUCUUAGGCUUCUGCUGCAGACUCCUACAGAACUGCACGGAUGACAGUUUAAAUGUGGCGGUUCCCAUGCGGAUGCUAGAAAUCUUUUCUUCAGAGAAAACCUAUCUUCCCGUUAUUCCAGAUCCUAACUAUGUAGCUUCAUUACUCGAGCAGAUUUUGCACUAUAUGGUACAGAAAGGAUACUACAGGUCGCUGUAUAUUCUUGUGAAUCACAGGCUCCCUUCUAGCCUGGAGUACAGCGAUGCUCCUUCUGUCCCUCUAGCAAGCACACUGUUGGAGCACAUUCUCAAACCUCUGCACUUUACCUACUCCUCCUGCACAACAGGCGCAAGGCAGUUUGUAUUCGCAGCCUUUACUGAGGAGUUUAUCUCUACACCGUUCACCGAGCAGAUCUUUCACUUCUUUAUCCCGGCACUGUCGGACAUUCGUCUCUCAUUCCCAUUCGAGGCCUUCCUGAGCUCCCUCCAGGGCACCAUUGGCUCCUCCUCGGCGCCACAGAGCAAGGCACCGUGGGUGUUUUACUUCGUCCUCUCUGCAGGGGAGAACUGCUUAGGCUCACUAUCAGAGGAGGGUCUCCAGCUGUACCUUCGGGCUCUGCAGACGCUGUUGCCACUGCUGCCAGUGUCGGAGAACAGCGGCAGGCCUGAAGUUACCAGCGAUUCAGAGGACGACGAUGACACUGGCAUCCAUCCACCCCCGAUGCAGGAUGACAGCAGAAUCUCUGUGCAGCUGAUCACAGAGGAGUGUGUCCACAAGCUGGACACUAAGCAUCAGACUAACGCCCUGCUGAACCUGGUGUGGAGGGACUCAGCCAGUGAGGAGGUUUUCACCAUGAUGGCAUCCAUUUGUCACACACUCAUGGUCCAGCAUCGCCUCAUGGUGCCAAAAGUCAGACUUCUGUACAGUUUAGCUUUCAAUGCGCGUUUUCUGAGGCAUCUCUGGUACCUGAUAACUUCCAUGACAACAAAAAUGAUCACUGGCUCCAUGGUGCCGCUGCUGCAGCUGAUCUCGCGAGGGUCUCCCAUGUCUUUUGAGGACUCUAACCGCAUCAUUCCCCUCUUCUAUUUAUUUAGUUCUCUCUUCAGCCACUCUCUUAUCUCCGUGCAUGACAGCGAAUUUUUUGGUCACGAAAUGGAAGGUAGCAGACUUUUUCCCCUUUUUUUAUUGAAUGAGAAGCAAGGUCAGACGCAGUCCUCCAUGAUGCCCUUCACGCUGACAGAGCUGGUGACUCUGUCUCGCUGUCUGAGGGACGCGUGCCUGGGAAUCAUCAAGCUGGCCUACCCCGAGACCAAAGCAGAGCACCGCGAAGAGUACAUGGCUGCCUUCCGCAGUGUGGGUGUCAAGACAAACACUGAGGUCCAGCAGCGCAUCCAGGCCGAGCAGAAACGCUGGGUACAGCUCUUCAAAGUCAUCACUAACUUGGUGAAGAUGGUGAAAGCUCGCGACAUUAGACGACCCUUCUGUCCAGCAGGUCACUGGCUCUCUGAGGAGGUCAACAUCCGAGCAGAUAAGGUCACCCAGUUGUAUGUCCCGUCUGCAAGACAUGUGUGGAGAACACGAAGGAUGGGCCGCAUUGGACCACUUCAGUCAACACUUGAUGUUGGUUUAGAGCCUCCGCAGCUGUCUGUGUCUGAAGAGAGACAUCUGGCCAUCCUCACAGAGCUCCCUUUUGUGGUUCCCUUCGAGGAGCGAGUCAAGAUCUUCCAGAGGUUAAUCUAUGCUGACAAACGGGACGUGCAGGGGGACGGGCCAUUCCCUGAUGGUAUCAAUGUCACCAUCAGGCGCAACUACAUCUAUGAAGAUGCCUAUGAUAAACUCUCUCCAGAAAACGAACCGGACCUGAAGAAAAGGAUUAGAGUCCAUCUGCUGAACGCUCACGGUCUCGACGAGGCAGGCAUUGACGGUGGCGGCAUCUUUCGCGAGUUCCUCAAUGAGCUGCUCAAGUCGGGCUUCAAUCCCAACCAGGGCUUUUUCAAGACGACCAAUGAGGGCCUGCUGUAUCCCAACCCCGCCGCAGAGAUGCUGGUUGGAGACUCCUUUACGAGGCAUUACUACUUUCUCGGCAGGAUCCUCGGAAAGGCGCUGUAUGAGAACAUGCUGGUGGAGUUGCCCUUUGCCAGUUUCUUCCUGUCCAAACUUCUGGGAACCAGUGCAGAUGUGGACAUCCACCACCUGGCAUCAUUGGACCCGGAGAUGUACCGCAACCUUCUCUUCCUAAAGAGCUACGAGGGUGACGUGGAGGAGCUGGGCCUCAACUUCACUGUGGUCAACAACGAUCUGGGAGAGGCUCAGGUGGUUGAGCUGAAGCUCGGAGGCAAAGACAUUCCCGUGACCACAGCCAACCGGAUAGCCUACAUCCAUUUGGUGGCUGACUACAGACUGAACAAGCAGAUCAGGCCUCACUGCCUGGCCUUCAGACAGGGCCUGGCCAAUGUGGUCAACCUGGAGUGGCUGCGCAUGUUUGACCAGCAGGAGAUCCAGGUGCUGAUCUCUGGAGCUCAUGUGCCAAUUUGUCUUGAUGACCUGAAGAAGUUCACAAACUACUCGGGCGGGUACUCAGCCACUCACCCAGUCAUCCAGAUCUUUUGGGAGGUGGUUGAAGGCUUCACAGACGAGGAAAAGCGCAAGCUGCUGAAGUUUGUCACCAGCUGCUCCAGGCCUCCACUGCUGGGCUUCAAGGAGCUUUACCCGGUCUUCUGCAUCCACAACGGUGGCACCGACCUGGAGCGCCUGCCCACCGCCAGCACCUGCAUGAACCUGCUCAAGCUCCCGGAGUUCUGCGACCAGAACCUGAUGAGGAACAAGCUGUUGUACGCCAUCGAGUCCUCCGCCGGGUUCGAGCUGAGCUGAAGCGGGCGAAAGGCUUCUCUGUCCCUGCAUCGAUGGACUCGACGCCACAGAAAUGGCUUGGGAGCUAAAGACUUGAGACAAAAGAGAAAAAA